AUGACUGAGCUCCCGCCAUCCAAGCUCGGAACGAAGAACCACUGGGACGAUGUGUACUCGUCAGAACUAACGAACUUCGAAGAGAUAGGCGAUGAGGGCGAGAUAUGGUUCGGCGAGGAUAGUGUGGAAAAGAUGGUUGAUUGGGCCCUGGAACACAUGCCACCUGACAUGAGCAAUGCCCCACAUAUUCUGGAGGUGGGUGCCGGUAACGGCAACCUGCUAUUUGCAUUACACGACGCGGGAUAUGCGGCCGACAGAUUAUGCGGUGUAGAUUACAGCACGGAUGCAGUGAGGCUCGCUCGCGCGAUCGCGCAGUCGCACAGCCAUAAAGGCGACGAAGACGGUGACCACGCGACAAGGAAGGCCAAGGAUGCUAUCACCUUCGUUACUCGUGAUUUCCUGCGUGAUGAUGUUCCACCUUUGGGCAGUAUGACCGUACUACAAGUCGGGUCGAGCGCUGUUUGGGAUCUAGUUUUGGACAAGGGCACGUUCGACGCCAUGGCGCUAGCUGGAAAGGACGACAAUGGCAUUUCACUCGCAGACAGCUACCCGCAUCGGGUGGCGACAGUCGUUAGACCUGGAGGUUUCUUUUUGAUAACGUCUUGUAACUUCACUCUCGAAGAGCUGAAGACAAAGUUUAGCACACCCGAGACGGGAUUAGAAUAUCACUCUCGUAUACCGUUCCCAAGUUUCUCGUUCGGUGGCAAGAGCGGCAAUGUGUAUUCCAGCGUAGCUUUUAAGCGCACAUAA